AUGCUGCGCCGUCAAGCUCGUGAGCGCCGAGACUACCUCUACCGGAGAGCGUUGCAGCUCCGCGAUGCCUCGAUCGCCGAAAAGCGCGCCCAGCUUAAGGCUUCGCUAGCCUCUGGAAAACCCCUCGACCCCGAAAUUGCAAAUGACAAGUCUCUCCGUCAAGACUUCAAGUUUGAUGAGUCGAAGGAUGAAGUUGAUAUCGACGAUGAGUAUGCCCUAACGUCCGGCCUCGUCGACCCUCGUCCGCUAGUCACGACAUCCCGCUCGCCUUCUGCUCGCCUCGGCGCUUUUGCGAAAGAGAUCCGAUUGCUUUUCCCGACUUCCAUCCGCCUGAACCGUGGCAAUCUCGUCAUGCCCGACCUGGUAUCGAGCGCAACUUCCGCCUCUUUGACCGACAUGAUCCUUCUGCACGAGCACCGCGGUACACCCACCGCCCUUACCGUUUCGCAUCUUCCCCACGGUCCCACGGCCAGCUUCUCUCUUCACAAUGUCGUUCUGCGAGCAGAUAUCCCUAAUGCGGAUCGGGGUACCGUUUCCGAGAGCUACCCGCACUUGAUUUUCGAGGGAUUUACGACCAAACUGGGCCAGCGCGUUGUCCAGAUCUUGAAGCACCUUUUCCCACCACGUGAACCUGGCAAGGUUGGCACUCGUGUGGUUACCUUCGUGAACAAAGAGGACAGCAUUGAGGUGCGCCACCAUGUUUUCGUGAAAAGCAGCUACCGGGAUGUAGAACUUGCCGAGGUCGGCCCGCGGAUGACCAUGCGCCUCUUCGAGAUUCGGGGAGGCACUCUCGAGAAGGGUUCCACUGGCGAUAUUGAAUGGGCUCUUACCCAAUACACGAGGACCAGCAAGAAGAAGGAAUACCUCUAG